AUGAAUCAACCAUCAGUGCCCCAAGGAUUGUUCGCGCCAGGCGGAGUCUCGCCCCCACAGCCUCGCCCCCGGCAGCGCCUACCGCCCCGCCGGCGUACCGCGGUGCGAGUGGCACCGGUGGGAGCAGAUGAGGCACCGACCUUCUGCCUGGAGGAGCAGGUGGCACCCAGCGAAUUGCCCAGGCAGGGGUGCCUUUUCAAGGCACCAAAGGGCAGUUGGGACGUCGAGCCUGACUUGAUCAGGUCACUUCUGGCCUCCCCCGAGCGCCCGCCACGGAGCACGUGGAGCACGCGGAGCGCCUCGCAUCGCCACGGAGAGCUCGACACGAAGAGCGACGCAGCGAGCGAGGAAGAGCGGCCGCUGCACGAAGGCCACGAAGAGCGAGCGCAGAUCGUCCAUUCGGACGAAUUUGCACGAAGCGCUGCUCGGGAACAUGGAAGUGUGAUCAAAGAGGAGGACAUGCUGGAGCAGCUGCAGAAUUUGGCCAAUUCUUUCAGACCUGACAGCUCUCCAUCUGACUCCUCUGCCUCUGCACCUGGUGAGCGACUGGAUGAAGUGAGUGGCCCAUCGUUAGGACACCCGAGCAAGUCGGUGGAAGCCUUUGGAUCAGGUGGUCAAGACGUUCAAAGUGACGUAUCAGGUGGUCCAGACCGUCAAGCUCAAGACAGACCGCUGGUUUUUCAAGAUCCUGCUGCACGAAGAAGGUCCAGUUCUUCACAGAGUACAUCUCCAAGACCUAGUGUGGUCCAUUACGGAGCACAUACUGUCCAAAGUGGCAUAUCCAGUGUGCUUCUUCAAGCUAGACCUGUUUCUCAAUCAAGACCGUCCAGUGCAUCAAGUGCUCCAAAGCCGAGCACUGAUCAUUCCGAUCCCCCAGUCGAUGCUCACGUCGACGUACGUGCUGUGAAGGGUCGAAAUGCUGUGUUUCACCACCCAUCAGCACGGAGAUCCGGUGGCAGCGGAUCUCCGACUGAAAGCAUCGAUGAAGGGACAUUGGACGCGCUUCCACUGGACAUCCCGGGCGCUUCGGUGCAAGGACACAAAGACACUGAAGGAUUAUCCGAAGCUCCAAAGGGUGCAUCUCCAGCCCCUAGUGUGAUUGAUUACGAAGCGAAUCGAAUCCAAAGCAGCAUAUCCAGCGUCCUCUCACAAUUCAGACAAGCUGGCUUUCAAGAUGGUGCUGCUCGAAGAGCUUCCAAGAGCACUUCUCCGCGACCCAGCGUGGAUGGUUCGCAUCCCCAAAGUGAUGUAUUGGGUACUCCCGGUGGCAGACAGACCGUUUUUCAAGAUCCCAAAGCUGCACAAACGUCCACAGCUUCAACGAGUCGACCUAAUGAAGCACUCCAUGGUGCACUUCCUCAAAGUGAUGUACUGGGUGCACCUGCUGGACCUGUCUCUGUCGUUCAUCCUCAAGCUCAGGCUAUGGUCCCAGAUGUGAAGCUGCACUCAGAGGACAGUUCCAGCGACUCUUUGGAGUCGGAGGAAGAGGAUGAGGAGGAUGAGGAGGAUGAGGAGGAGGCCGAGGAGGAGGACGAGGAGGAAUCUGAAGAGGAGAAGUACGAGAAGUACGACAUGGAAUAG